AUGAUGCAGAAUUCUAGUUCGAAAAAAAAGUCGGACGGUAAAAAGCCUAUGACUUGUAAGAACGAUAAAUCUAAAAUUUUUAAAGCUGCUGUGGCCUGUGAUAACUGCAGAAAAAAAAGAGUAAGAUGUGUCCGUGAAGGUGAGGGUCCAUGCAAAAAAUGCAUCAACGAAAACCGCGAAAAUGAAUGUACAAUUGGCCUACGACUAAAAAGGGGACCUAAAAAAGCAACUGGAUCGAGCACCGGUGCGCCGACUAAUGCAGAGUUCCAAGAAUGGGGUAAAACAUUGUGGGAAUCACUAGGUGAAGAUAAGCAAGCUGUUUCCGAUCACCUCCGAGAUCUGCCAAACAGAAAUUCUCAUUUUGUGACGACAAAUAACAAAACAUCAACCAAUUUUGGUCAAAACAUUCAACCAGACGUAGUUUUGGGGAAUACUUUGAGCAAUGAACAAUCAAUAUUUUUAUCCAGUUUAAACCAAGAAAAUCUACAAGAUACAAGUUUUGUUUAUAACCUUUUCGAUAAUGAACAAUUAGACGAAAUUUUAUUUGAAAUAAAUCCUGGGCAAAUGUUCGACUUAGUUCAAGCAAACCAAUUAAACAAAAAUUCAGACGAACAAAUUCCUCAAGAAAAUCUGAACUUAAACUUGUUUGAAAAUAAUUUAGAAAUAGAUGAACAAGCAAUUCCUGAAAUCCGAUCACCUAGGUCCACCAGCAAACAAUUUCCAUCGCAUCGUUCACGAAGUCGUGAUAACCGCCAUAGUAGACAAGAAGCCCGAAACCAUGAACAUGUUUCACGCUCUCUAAGUCCGAAUUAUAGGACUCCAAUGCAUUCAAAUGGAGGAUUAACUUUGAACACUAUACAAUAUUCUCCUGCGUCUUAUUCCCCAACUCAUCUUUCUCCAAUUCAUUAUUGCACAUCAAAUAACUCAUCUGCUUCUACGUCUGCACAUAUGCAAUCACCAUUUCACGAUUUCGAAAAAUUAUCUAACCAAUCAUCACCUCUUAUACCGUCGCAUGAUUUCGAGGAUACGAAUCAAUCAUCAUUUCCUAUCAAUUCUAUCAAUAAUCUCCAAUUGUUUAAUUCGGAUGUGGAUCAGCUCUCACUCAUAAACAUAAAUUUAAUUGCGGACACCCAAACAUCAACGCUGGACGAUUCAGAAAAAAUGCCAUUUUCCAAUAGUCCCAAUUGGGGUUAG